CGGCAGGGAGCGGCGGAGCCCCGCCGGAGUGCGCGAAGAUGCUGUCCUACAGCGUGCUGGACGCCAACGUGGUGGACGUGGAGAAGCGGAGGAACCCCUCGAAGCACUACGUCUAUAUCAUCAAUGUGACAUGGUCUGACCUGACUUCCCAGAUCAUCUACCGGAGAUACAGCAAGUUCUUUGACCUGCAGAUGCAGCUUCUGGACAAGUUCCCUAUUGAAGGAGGCCAGAAGGAUCCCAAGCAAAGAAUCAUUCCUUUCCUACCAGGCAAGAUCCUGUUCCGGAGGAGCCAUGUCCGAGAUGUAGCAGUGAAGAGGCUGAAGCCCAUCGACGAGUACUGCAGGGCACUGGUUCGGCUUCCUCCCCACAUUUCACAGUGUGAUGAAGUCUUCAGGUUCUUCGAGGCUCGUCCAGAAGACCUUAACCCUCCAAAAGAGGACUAUGGAUCUUCAAAGAGAAAAUCAGUUUGGAUGUCCAGUUUGUCUGAGACUCCAAAAAAGAGUGUCGCUCCAGGUGCUGAUGCUAGCUCUGAACCCAUGAUCCUGGAGCAAUAUGUGGUGGUUUCCAACUAUGAGAAGCAGGAGAACUCUGAGAUCAGCCUCCAGGCUGGAGAGGUCGUGGAUGUCAUAGAGAAAAAUGAAAGCGGUUGGUGGUUUGUGAGCACAGCAGAGGAGCAGGGAUGGGUCCCUGCUACAUACCUGGAAUCCCAAAAUGGAACCAGAGAUGAUUCUGACAUCAACACAUCUAAAUUUGGGGAAGUUUCUAAGCGACGCAAGGCUCACCUGAGGCGCCUGGACCGGCGAUGGACGCUGGGCGGGAUAGUCAACAGGCAGCAGAGUCGAGAAGAGAAAUAUGUCACUAUCCAGCCAUACGCCAGCCAGGGGAAGGAUGAGAUCGGGUUCGAAAAAGGGGUCACCGUGGAGGUCAUCCAGAAGAACCUGGAAGGAUGGUGGUACAUCAGGUAUCUGGGCAAAGAAGGCUGGGCCCCAGCUUCAUAUCUGAAGAAGGCUAAAGAUGAUCUUCCGUCUAGGAAAAAGAACUUAACUGGGCCAGUGGAAAUCAUAGGAAACAUCAUGGAGAUCAGUAACCUGCUGAACAAGAAAUCAUCUACUGAUAAGGAAGCUCAAGUAGAAAACGAGUCUGCAGAAACUCACAUCACCAAGAAGGAAAUCAGUUUGCCCAUCCUGUGCAAUGACUCUAAUGGCAAUGCCAUGAUGACUCCAGACAAGCAGGCUUCCAAACUGGCCCAGGGAUCCCCAGCCAUAGCAAGGAUAGCACCACAAAGAGCUCAAAUAAGUUCUCCAAAUCUAAGAACAAGACCACCCCCACGAAGAGAGUCCAGUCUGGGUUUUCAGUUACCCAAGCCACCAGAGCCACCCUCCGUGGAAGUGGAAUAUUACACCAUUGCUGAAUUCCAGUCAUGCAUCUCUGAUGGCAUAAGCUUUCGUGGAGGACAAAAAGCAGAGGUUAUCGAAAAGAAUUCUGGUGGCUGGUGGUAUGUGCAGAUUGGAGAGAAGGAAGGAUGGGCUCCAGCAUCUUACAUUGACAAAAGAAAGAAACCGAAUUUGAACAGAAGAACCAGUACUUUAACCCGCCCAAAGGUUCCUCCCCCAGCACCUCCCAGUAAACCAAAAGACUCGGAAGAAGGAACAACUCCUGGAGCAGUUUCUUCAGGAGAUACCCAGGACUCUCCCCACAAGCUGAAAUACGAAGAACCUGAGUAUGAUGUACCUGCCUUUGGCUUUGACUUGGAGUGUGAAGUGAGUGAAAGUCACCAUGAAGAGGGCACUCCUGAAAAACGACUGUUUCAGCCCCUCAAGCCCUCACCUGUGUCAUCACUUCAGAAAGCUAAGUUCAAAGUAGGAGAGUCUUCAGAAGAAGCUGCUCAUGAAGAAGAAACCAUCUAUGAGAACGAGGGGUUCAGACGUUAUGUGGAAGAUGCUUUGUCCAAUAAGGAAUCUAGUGGGGAUUCUGAUUCUCAGAAAAGCUCCUCUCUGUCCCUGAUCCGAAGGAAUUCUCCAUGUUCCAGCUCUCCGAAAUCAUCACUCAUGAAGCUCAAGACAGACAAAAACAUUCAGCCUGAUCUUGGAAAAUGUCACUAUUCCAGGAGUGAGGAGACAAAACCAAGAUCAGCUUCAGAUGUCGGCUUACGUAGCGUGCCAAGAACAGGCAUGAAGAAAGAUCCCGGGCAGAGUCCUUCCAUCAGAGCAAAGCCAAUCGUUAGGCCCAAGCCCUUCCUGAACAAGGCAGACUCUCAGAGCCAAGAAAAGAUGGAUAUUAGCACUUUAAGGCGUCAGUUGAGGCCAACUGGGCAGCUCAGAGGUGGACUCAAAGGUUCAAGAAGUGAAGAGUCUGCGAGCCCUCCCCGCACAGCUUCUGAGAACCAGGAUGACCCUGUUCGGAGAAGCUCGGCUGAUCUCAUCACAGCUCCUUCCCGUGGCGUCUUCUGCUCCAGCCAUACUGCCAAAACUGAGCAAGAAAAUGACUCCAGAUGUUUCUAUGUGACCACUGACUCCUACCAAAAGGUACAGGAUUCUGAAAUUUGCUUCCCUGCAGGAGUAGAAGUGGAAGUGCUGGAAAAGCAAGCCAGUGGAUGGUGGUACCUGAAGUAUGGAGACAUGGAAGGCUGGGCUCCUUCCCAUUAUUUGGCUCUCCCUGAUAACCAGAGAGAAACUACAUCAGAAGAGACUGAUUCCUCUUUUGCCAGGAACAGGAAAAAUGAAAACAAGUCAAACAGUUUAGAGAAGAUAGAGAAGAGGGUUCAGGCUUUGAACACCAUCAACCAGAGCAAACGUGCAACACCACCCAUCCCAAGCAAACCUCCUGGUGGCUUUUCCAAAGCAUCAGGGCCAGUUAAAAUGAGGAAUGGUGUGAGGCAACUUGCUGUCCGUCCACAGUCAGUGUUUGUGUCUCCACCACCAAAGGACAACAACCUGUCAUGCUCCUUGCGCAGAAAUGAGUCUUUAACAGCUACAGAUCAACUUAGGGCCGUCCGUCGGAAUUCCUCCUUCAGCAACGCGUGGUCACAGCCCGGUGACACAAAGGGAAAGCAGCCGGAGCGGCUGGGCACAGAGAGCUCUGAGACCACCUCUAACCUCCCCACACAGAGGAAUGGGAUCCCUGUGUCCACAGUCAGGCCAAAGCCCAUUGAGAAAUCCCAGUUCAUCCACAACAAUCUCAAGGACAUCUAUGUUUCCAUUGCGGACUAUGAAGGGGAUGAGGAGACUGCGGGGUUUCAGGAAGGUGUCUGCAUGGAGGUCCUCGAAAGGAACCCAAAUGGCUGGUGGUACUGCCAGAUAAUGAAUGGUGUGAAGCCAUUCAAAGGCUGGGUGCCCUCAAAUUAUUUGGAGAAAAAGAACUAAUGUUGCAAUAUCUUUAACCUCCCUAAUUUAUACUGUUCCUGCUGUGUACAUGUGGAAAAAAACAAUUGCUACACAAAAAGACGUUUCCCUGUGCUCCAGUUUGUACAAAGGAGUCUGUAUGAGGACAAAUCUGCCAUGUUCUGGAGAGGUUUGUGGGGUUUACAUGUUGUAAGCAACUAUAAGGAAGAUGCAGCAUAGUCAAAUGCCUUUUUGUGAAGUUGUUAAUAAUCUUGUAUGUGUAACAGGGUAUGACAUCCCAUCCUUCCCAUUAUUGAUAGGAAACCAAAUGUGUGCCUUUUGUGAGAGAAAUACACAUGCAUCUACCUGGGGAGUUCUGUGCCAAACUGUUUUACAAUCUUGGCUCCCUUUCUCCUCAUUUUUGUCAAUACGUGGAAUACCCAAGAAUUUUGGAUGCUUUUCCACAACUUAAAGUGAGAAGCAAAUGAAAGUUUCUGAAACACAGAGGGACUCUAAUCCUUUGGAGAGGUUCACCUUUUUUUUUUUUUUUUUUUUUUUUUACUCAACAUUUGGUAGGUCCAGAGUUGGAGCCUUUUCAUCGUGGAGAGUUUUGGUCUCUGACUUCAGUGUUGUUACGGCUAACUCGCCGGAAAAGGCCAUUAGGUGGUGUGGGUUGGGGACUUUUUGUUUCCUUUCAUUCUGUCUUGUUCUUUUAGUUGGGAUUUCAGGUGUUCACGGGCAGUGAUGCCUACUGGUGCUUGUAAAAACAAACCUACAAACCCCUUGCUUAAACACGUCUGUUACUGUGUAGGCUUCUUUGGUUCUGUGCCUGACUUCUGCCAGGUGACACUGGUUGAUUCUCUUCCCAGAGUUAGGUUUCUCAAAAGUUAUCAAAGUCAACAAAGUCCCUUAAGACACUGAAGACAAAGCUGUCAGAUGUGUUAAUCCUUAUUUUGCCCUCUGGUCCAAAUCCAAGGGUGCUGAUUGCUGGCAGGGCCCACCAAGAUAUUAGUGAGAAAAAUUUGUAACCUUCUGCAACAUCAGUGUUUACAAUGAGUUGGAAAAAAAAAAAAAAAGCCAUCAAACUCAGUCUGCACAUAAUUUGUAUAUUUUUGGGGAAUUGCUUUUGUGUUUUGUUUUUGUCUUUUCUGUGCAUUCUGGGUUUACUAUAUUUUCUUAGUGUGCGUUUCUGGUUUUACCAGAAAAGACUUAAAACUGAAGUAGGAGCCAAAUAUUUCUGUUCCCACUUGAAUCCAAAGAGUAUGUUUGUACUGGAAAGUGGACCUGGGCUUCUCAGGCUCAGAGAUUUCAUAUCAAAUAAUUUGGUCUACAAUGCAUCUAACCAGGAAGCUGCCUCUUCUAGUUCCAGUUGUGUUUGCCUUUUGUAACUCUUGUUUUGAAAUGUGGCAUACGGUGUGGGUGGUGUGGGAAAUGGAAGAGGUACCCAUUUGAAGAGGCAAGGAACAUGGAAUUGUUGUGAGGUAGCCUUGUACAGUAAACAUAAUUUACUAAAUCCCUACUGAGCUUAAGGAAGUCAUGCUUGGGGGUUUUCUUAAAUGGCCUUGUUAAUCACUCAAGCUCAAUAUCUAAUUCCUUUAUAUAAUAGGCAGCAUUGUAAAUCUGUUCUAAGGGAAGAUGGGGGGAGGGGGAGAAAACCAUUUCACUACUGGUUUACACAAAGCAUUACAUGUCCUUUUUUCCACCAGAGUUUCAUACUGAUUUGGCUUGGAUGUUAAAGGUUAUAAAGGCUUCAAAAUAGCUGGGAUCAAGGGGCUGAGUAAAACAGCACAACAAGACCAUAUGUUACUGGGGAUGUUUCACUGCCAAAAAAAAAAUUAGGAAAUUUAUAUGUUAUUCUUGUCUUUUUUAUUUUUUUCCUUUGUUCCUUUUUUUCUUUUCUUUUUUUUUUUUCUUUCUGUGUGUGUGUGUGUGUAUGCGUGGUUUGGGGGUUUUAUUAAUUUCCAUGAUAACACUGAGAGAGUUGCCUACAGCUAAUGUGGCUGAUAUCCUUUUGGUAGCUGAAACAACAUCCAGGUGCCACAGCUACAGGCUACAAACAGUGCUGUGGUUUGAGCAGCUCUCUGCGUGCAGGUGGGGAGGGGACGCUGUUUGUUUGGGAUCCCUUUAAAUUGUGGUGGCAGGAGAAGGAGGUGUAACUGCACAACAGCUCACGUCCCAGUGCGGGGUCCUUUUGUACCUUAAUGUCUCACCAUGCGAUGUGUAAGUGUAUGUCCAGUCAGCUUCAUCCCACUGGGUGUGUGUCUGAGACAUUGUGGCCCUGUCUCUCAUACUUCUCCCCAUUUUUAGUUGUACUAAUAUGGUAGCAGCCGUAAAAGACUGCUGGAGCUGUUGUGAGAUUAUAAUAGAAGUAUUAUAUUCUUCUGCUGGACAGUAUUAAAUAGAGCAAUACAUAGAGUUAUCUGCUAGAUUGCAGUACUAAUAGUAGUGACUUAGUGAUUCGUAUUAAUGUUAUGAUUUAUUUUAACAAUAAUGAUGCGGAAGUGGUUCAUUAUUUUGAAUUAAUGCACUUUAACAAUAAAAGAAACCAAAAUGGAAGCCAAUGCAGAGAACUAAGUGCAUUAUUUAAAGGUGCAGUAUAUAAUUAUCAUUUUCUUGAAGCACAUAUUUAUUAAGAAUUAACUUAUUAUUUAAAAUAUUCUAAAGUUUUGUUUAAAGACAUUCCCACUGGGUCAUCUCUUUGGGGGGAUGUAAAGCACAGCUCCCAGAUCUUCUGCAUUGAGCCACUGAAUUCUCUGAGUAUGGUAUGGUCUGACAUGAGCCCCUAUCCAAGGAGGGAAGAGCAGCAAGGAGACAGAAGAGCCCAGACUACUGGAAACACUCACAUUUGCAUCCAGCAAAGCCCAGCCCUGGGCACCUCUGAGCUGCAGGAGUCCUUGCAGGGUGUGGGCUGGCACAGGUGUUUUUGGCAGACACUUCCAGUGCCUGGCUGCCAUGUGCCUUGCACAAGGCUGGCCCUGGUGGAGGCAAGUUCUCCGUGAGGUUCAGGUUAGGAGGCUUCAGGAUCUGCCUGAGACAGACGUCUGUCUGUCCCACAGCUCCUGUUCCAUCUUGCUGGCUUGCUUCUCCAGCUCUGGCUUUUGCAGGGAGGUGGUUUGCAGUGCUGCAGGCAGGGCAGGGUGGCACAUCAUGAGGGUGCCUGCAGUACUGCCAGGGUUUUCUCAUGCAGCAGCUCCAUGGCUCAGUUGCUGCUUUAUCCCAUCUCCAAGGCUUCACUCCCUCCUGAGGAGAGGCCAGACCCUGUAGGUGGGCUGCAGAACCACACUUGUGGCCUCCCUCUGCCCUCACCUGUACCAGCAAAAAGGAUGGGGUGCAGAUGGCCUACUUGGUGCCAGAAAUUAUUGUUGGUCAUCACUUGGCUUGCUGGCUUCCACCCUGGUGGAAAAGCUUCCAUUUGGGCUCCCCUUCACUUGGUAGUUGUUUUGGCUGCUUGUGUUUAAAAGGGCACUUUUAAAACAAAUACUUCCAAUGCAAUUUUUCCCACUCCUAUCUUACCAUUGUCAUAGCAUCUCUCAUUGAGAUGUUCUCUGUUUUUUUGAUGCUUUCAACUGAGAGAUGUCAGGAAAAUUAUUGUUUUUUCCAUCAGCGAGCAGCUAGUUGUGGUCAGUUCUACUGAUACCUGAAAUAGCAAGCCCUUCACUCUUAGCUGUGAAACAGAGGGAAAUGCCUUAAGCUACAUCAAAAAAGCUGACUGCAGGGCAGGAAAACCUGGCAGAAUACUCAGAGGGCAGUGUAGUGCUAGAAGUAUUUUAGCUCUUUUCUAAAAAUGUUAAUGUCGCCUUUUAUUUACUAAAUUUGUCAGAACUGACACUGGAUCAAGAGCAAUAUUUAAAUAUAAUGUACACCUCAGUGAACACUCAAUGCAGAAAUCAGUAGUACUGUUUAAAUUUCCCUUUCAGAUUAAGAGGAAGAGUCUGCAGGGCUAGAGCAAAGCCAUUUGCAGCUGAAGGGGGCCCUCCUCUGGGGGGAGAGGCAGCUGCUCGUGCUGUUUUGCUCUCACCCACUCUCUGUAUUUUCCAAAAAGUCUUGAAUUUGGACCAGCAGAAAUUCCGAACUCCAAUGCCAGAGAACAAAAUUAAAGAAUGUGAAAAUUGUGUCUUGCUGUAUACUGCAACUUUAAUAAUAAUGAGCACUUCUGAGUUCGUUAUUGAGGUUUAUAUAAUGCCUGAAAAGUUUAUUUGCUGGUUUCCCUUGUCUCCCCUUUCAAAACACUUUCUCAUAAAAGCAAGAGUCAUGCAUUUUGUUAGGAGUCCUUCCCCAUGGGAGGCAAUUCCCGUUCAUUGUUUUAGCUGUCACCCCAUGCAAUGGGUGAGUGUAGUCCUAUGAACUAGUCCUUUGCAAGCCACACCUUUCAAGAUAAAAGAGAUGAUGGGCACAUGUUGGGGUACGUAACUGAUGUGUCAACAGGAAGUUUUUAUCAAUGCAUUCAAUAGUACCAAAUACACAAUAAAGAAAGAUUGGAAUUGUCUUGCAGCUAGACUCUUCAAAAUGGAAAUUCACACCUGCAUGGGUAUAGCUAAAAAAUGCAUUUGUCCCUUGUGGAUGUGUACCCCAAAGACUCCUUCCAUUAUGAUGCUAUAAAGUUUGACGAAGGCAUUAUAUAAUUGUUUUCAUCACUUUCAGAUCUUAAUGAAUCAUAUUUUAUUGUAAUAUAUAUUCAUUGCUUUCCUCAGUUAAAAAGAAAGUUACUGCUUUUAUCUUAUAUGAAAAACAAGGGAAUUUGAUAAAGCAUUCAUUAUUUUCAUAUUCCUAGUAUUAACAGAAUAGAACUAGUACUAUUUAAUUUUAGAUCUUCAUAGCUAGCUUGUUAAUAACUCAUAUUUUCCUGUGUUUUAUCCUACUAUUUUUUCUAUUUUUUCCCAAAUAUUCUGCAUUCUUGAGUAAAAGCAAAUCCAAUGAGUGGAUAAGUGCAAUAUUCAUAGAAUAAACAGGCCCCUCAUCCAGGACUUGGAGUGGAACGUGCAGUGUGAAAUGUUUGCAAUUCUCUAUUCAUGCACUCUUAGGGAAGGGGAAAUUCAGGGGAGGGGGCAACUGGAUGAAAACAGGACCCUUGGGUAGGUAGAGACUGACAGCUGUGGUGGCUUGGGUUGGGAAUGGCUGCUUUCCAUAAACAAGUACCACCUGUUAGUGGAAGUAUAAGGACUAUGCAGCAUGUUGCCAGGAUUAUGUGUAGAAUGUCAUUAACAUCCUAAUCAAUACAGGACUUCUGAGCUAUGCUUGAAACACUCUGUAUGUCAUCCAUGCAUGAUUCUGUCUUCUGGUUUGUUUCUGCUGGUUACGUCCUCUGUUGCACUUCAGAUUUGGUGGUAACUUCAGAAGGGAAAAUAAUUCUGCUGGUGCAGUCCCAAGUUUGGCUACUGCAUUGUUACUUGUAUUUAUUGCAAGAGCUAUGGGAAUGUUCUUACAGGUCCUUACUUUUCUGUCCUUAUUGUUAACCGAAGAAGAAAAAGUCUCCCUUUUAUCUGGGUUAAUUCUCACCUGCAGAAUUUCACAGAUGUUUUGGAUAUUGAUUUCGUAUUUCUUGGCUUGCAAAGGUGGAUCUCACAGGUCCUAAAUAAAGUUGGGCAGAAACUUUGCUCUUCAAAAGAUGUAUUGUCUUAAAUUCUAUUUGAAUGGAAGGAGAGCUUCCAUCUGUCAAAAAUAAUGUGACUUUACAGGUAGCAGCAAAAUCUACUACCUUUGAAAAACUGGACUAUUUUUGUAAGGUGCAAGAGAAAUGUGAAAGCCAGAGCACUUGACUCUCUGAGCUCUGGAAAGUACAUCUCCUGUGGCUCUAGUUCAUUACUCUGGAGAGAUGUACCUCUGUUUUCUGCUUAAUUUUUGUCCUGCUGCUCUUAAGUUUGUCAAAAAGCCUUAGUAUUACCAGAGACCUUUGCAUUCAAACAGAAAAACUGAAUUCUGCAGCUGGACUGAAAUAGUAUCAAACACGUGAUUUUGGAAAACCUCUAAUACUUUACCAAUUAGGAAUCUGGUUUUGAGGAACCAGCUUAAUUCUUUUACAUGCUCUUGUCUAAACUGGCAAGAGGCCCACGAGCAUCAGUAGAGUUACACUGACAGAAGACUCCUGUGGGUGCUCAGCAUGGACCGUUCUCAGCACAAGCAAGCUCUGUGCACUCUGCUCCUACACCUCCAAAGGGUGCACAGGACUGCUUAGCUUUGGUGCUGCUCUGCCACGAUCCACUGUGCUGCAAAUCUUGCAGCUCUUCAAAACCAGCUGGAGCUUUGCUGCUAUUUGCUGGUGCUCUUCCGUCAUCAGCAGCUCCUUCUCUGUCACCUUCAGAUGCUAUUUAGCCACGUAGUGAAGUGCUGUGUAUCAGUGCAGUGUUUGAUAGCUGCCAUCAGUACCAGUAUGAUGGUCUGAGAGCUUAUGUUUGUCUAAGUUAUUUUGUUUUCAUUCGCUUUUUGUUGCUUGCUAGAAGCAGGGACCAGCACUGCGAUGAUGCAUGGGGAAUGUGUCCGCACACUUGAACUGUUUGAUGGCCUCUGCUGACGCUGCCCAGUGCUUGUGUUGCUCUUUCUCUCCCUCUCUGCUGCUCAGUAGUCGUGUCUGUUGUGUGUGUCUGUAAUUUUCAAAUAAAGUACUGUACAUAAGGCCGGAUCCAGAAGCCCCCAGUCAGCUGACUUAGGGUCGGGAUGUAGGUUGCUGUUGCUGCUUUUCCUCCUCCAUCUAGGACCCAAUUUGGAGCAAAGCACAGGUGUCUGUGAAAGGUCACCCGUAACUCUACUUUGGGGUGUCAGUUUUGCAGGGUGUGCCAAGGGUGGAACGAGGAGGUCUUUUCUCUUGGGUGCCCUGGCGUCAGGGCCGGGACUCCGCAGCAAUUCCUGGAGCGGAAGCUGCGCCGCACUGCGGGCGGGCACGGCUGGCACAGUCAGAACUAAUUCGUUUCCCCCAUUUUAUAUUGUCAGGUCUGGGCUGGUCCCAUCAACUAUGUUCUUCAUUUGUUCUUGCAUCAAGGUAGUGUUGAUUUUUAGUUGGAGAGUGCAAUUUUUUUUUUCUGUUUUGUGUUUGGUUUUUUUAUAAAUAAAUUUGGUUUAAAGCUUCACACUGGCGUUUUACAGACCUGUUCUUGUCAGCAUAAGCCACUACUGUCCUGAGUUGAGACUCCUGUUUGUUACUGAAUUAAAAUUAUGGGAAUUAUGUUGAUCAUUUGGAAUGAAAUUAGAAAAUAAAUGAGAAGUAACUAUAUUGGCAGGGGGAGAGAUAGAUCAAAUAUGAGGAAAAAAAUGUUUCUAAUAAGGCCAUGAAUUAUUUGGUCUGACACUGCAGAUACUUUCUCUGUAUAGAUGGUUUAAAUACAUCACUGCUCUGUGACAGGAUUUUUUGUUAUUGACAAAAGUUGAUUUUUUUCAGUCCCUAAUGUACUAUGAUAAUCUGUGUCCUGAAGCCACCGAUCCACCAAGAGAAGAUAAACACAGGUUAUCUGCUUGUUGUAGUUGAGGCAGUUUGUGUGUCUGGGAGUUUGCAUGUACCGAGGUUCAGCUGGUGGACUGGGCAAGCAUGGCUGUUCUGGACCUGUCCGUGUUGGCAGGAACAACCCAGUGCUAGCAGUGCUUCUGGAAGGAUGUUGGCUUUAGUGACCUUUCCCUGAUGCUCAGGGUUAUUUGGUUACAGUGGUACCUGUCCUGGUCCCUGUUUGGUGGAGGAGAAAAAUGGGUGGAAGGGAGAAUCACUUGGCACUGUAAGAAAUUUUUUUGAAUAUAACAUUUAAUAUUUAGGUAAAUAUUUCAUGUUUCUCCAGAUAUUCCCCAUCAAAGCUGUUAUUGACUCUGUAUUUGAUGACUGAAAAGUAAGCAAUGUGGCAGCAUUCUUUGUGCAAACAGUUCUUUUGUGGUUGGAGAGCUUGUUCUUGAACUGCUUCUGGGUCACCAGGGAAGUAGUAAUAAAUAAACAAAAUCCCAUCAUCACCCUUGGAUGAUGACUACAGGGACAUUGAAUUCUGUCCUGACUCUGGGUCCCCCAGAACACAUUAGUUCGGUUUGUUUCUGUCCCCUUGAAGCAGGACAGAAAAGAAUAGUGCAGUCACUGGAGCUUAGCCUGUAGCAAUUAAUAAACUGGAACAAAUAAAAAAGAAAAGAAAAAUAAACCUUUUUAAAAAUGAAGUAUUUCAGUGAAUAGCUGACUUAACUACUUCCUGUCUUAGGCUUUCAGGGAAGGAGGAAGUUCUGUUUCCAGUUGCUAGGAGGAAUUUUUCUGUGUCAUGCUGAACAGGCUUGCUGAAAAGUCCUGCUCAUUACUCAUGAAGAGUUUAAACCUGGAAUAUUGCAAAAGCAAAGUGUGUGUAGCAUUACAAUGACUUUUUUUGUACUGAGGGUCUGAAGUGAGCGUUGGGGUCAGUAAUGUACAGAGUAAGUGCAUUUCUGCUGUCUGGCUGACUUGCACAUGACAUCAGUGCUGUUCCUUCAGUGCAGAUUUAAUUGCAGUCAGCAGUGCUCAUUGCUCUGCUAGCAGUGUUUAGGGAGAAUCAUGUAGAUGAGCCUCUUCAUUUAAGGCUCAGUAUCAAAUAUCAUAUCAGGAAAAGUCCUGCCAGCAGCUUGACUGAUUGCUGCUGAGGCUGAAGUUCAGAUGUGGGUAACUCCAGGUGGGUGCUGAAAGCAGCUCAGGUGCCUGUGUACAUCUGUAGUGUUUCCAAAGCUGUUAAUUAGCCCAGAUUAUCUCUGCAAACUGUGGGUAGUGAGUUACUGGGAGCCUAAACCUGUUUUUGAAGGAAGGCUGAAAUUUGUUUGAGCUAUUGUGCUCCUCUGCAUUAGCAGAGCAUUGGCAUGUGUCUGUACUGGAAGCUCCUAGAGGGUUUGCUGUCCCAAAGUUUUAGUUGACCAAAAAGAAAAAAAAAAUGGAUCUAGGCCUGGUCUGAGUGAAGUUUUGCAGUGGGUUUCUUGGGUGGUUGAUGUUCUUCAUGUGACCUUGAAAACUAGAUGCUGUUGUCAUUUCUGUGUUGGUGUAGAGCUCCGUUUUUUAGUGGUUAGGUGGUGGGAAUGUACCUGGUGGAGCUUGGAAUCUUGGGAGAGUAUGUCGGUGACCAGAGAUAGAGAAAUGUGUGGCUGGUCUUAGUGUGUGUGUGUGGUCAAGUUGGUGACACUUUUUUGUCUUUUGUUUGUUUUGUUUUUAAUAUGGGAACCAAUUCGUCUCUUCUGCUUCGUAAAAGUCUAGAAGUUGGUGUGGUUUCUGUUGCAGUAAGUAUGAGAAGGAGUUAGCUGAAAGCUUUUUAUUGUUUGUUUUUUUUGGGGGGUUUUUUUAAGAGAGUUUAUGGGCAGGAGACAAUUUAGUUUGUUUUGGGUUGCAAGUUAAACUAAGAGAGGAAGAAAAUGAGUCUGGGGAAAUCCUUUUUAGUGAUAACAGCUUUGGACCAUAUUUUGUGGUGGCCUCUGAUCCAGCUCCACUGAAGGCAGUGGAGUGAAUAUUGUUAAUCUUGUAGAUGAUAAAGCUUUUGGUCAUGAAUUAAUUCUUAGAGAGGUGACAGGUAUCUUGACAUUCACAGCAUGCCAUAACAAAUGUGAGCUAGGGACAGAAAUAGUAACUGUAGCUUCAAACAUUGUUCAGUUUUUGUUUAAUGAACUUGAGAUGCUGACCAGUUGGAUAAAACUGUUUGUACAAUGAAUAGCUCCUGCUGUAAGGGUCCAGAUGUGCUUGAGUCUGUGAGAGGUUUUCCUAGGACAGGCAACCAUAUGCAUGAUUUUAAAAAAAUGUGGCUUUCUCAGUCAUCCCAGUAAAACUGAAAUCCAGAAAAGUGACACUUUCUGCACUUAACAGCAUCUUUUGCCAUUGAUGGUAAGAGUUACUGUUAAUGGGGGAUUAGAUGCCCCAGCCUCUCUGAACUGGCACAAAACAGAUCUUUUUGUGACCAGUCCUUGAGUUGGUGUGUAAACAUUUAUAAAGCCUGGAUGCAGAUUACAGUACUAGUUAACAAAAUGAACAACUUUCCUGUGGGCCAACACAAAAGAUAUAUUAGCAGUGAGGAAAACACAGAUCUCCUUUUUGCCAAAUGACUCUCUAGAAAUUUCCCUCAGGCUUCAGCACAAAUCAGCUGGGACCUGUGAGGAUUUAGCUGAUACAUACGGUACCGGGGGCCUGUUUCUGUGACUGGGACAACAGAAGUGUGGCUUUAUCCCAGGAAGAGGUGAUGAAAUCAUCAUAGUACAAUGUUUUCAUUUGCUCUGGAUAUGACAGUGGUGGGAGGAAUGAGCUGUGAAAAGCAUAAGCUCCCCCUUAAUCCAGAUUUGCAGACUUUACUCGACUGCAGUGCCCAGUCCGGAGCUGCGCUCAUGGCAGUGCCCUGUGUGGGACAGGGAAUGCACUCAGAGGGGUGCCCUCCUCUCUGUGCCAUGACCAACUGCUUGCUCAGAGAACUGCAAAACAAGGUGAAGCAAUUGAGGUUGGGGAUUUUUCCCCUAGAGCAGCAUGUUCUAAAGCAGUGAAGUAAAAACAAGUGCUUGUUUGGGAAAUUUUAAUCACGUCUCUGUCUGUAAAGGUGGAAACUCGGCAUGGGUCUCUCAGCAGAGAAUAACACCAUCUGUCUUUGGAAAUUGUACAUGUGAAGAUGCAGAACAAAGACAUCAGAUUACUGUGCCUAAAAGUAGAUCUCAGCAUUUCUCUAUAGGCGUUGUUAGAGCUUUGUAAUUUUGGAAUUGAACAGCAUUUAAUAAUGGUUAAUCAGGACUGCUCAAAAAUUCCUGCAGGAAAGGAAGAGACAAUUUGAGUUCUGGACACUUAGGAGAGUGAGUUGUAAGAAAUAUAAAAUAUGGCCAGGUGCUUUAUUUUUCUUCUAGGAUUAUCACAGGUCCUUGUGAUUGUGUCCUGGCAUACACUAGUGCUGGCCAGUGACACCUCUUUGCAAAAAUUCAGAGCCAUGCAUCUGAUGGGCAUGUGUGUAUUGGAAAAGAGGAGCCUAAAAAGGCCUUGGAGUAAACUGCAACUGAUAAAAGAACUCCUGAAUUGCAUGUUCCAGAUAUGCUGAAAUAACUUGCAUUGAGGCAACUUCAGCUCCUUCCAGGCAUCUGCCAUCACCCACCCUGGCAGCACACAGGUGGUGGAGGGGAACAAAUGUUAGUGGAAAGGGAAAUCCAGGAUGCUGUCACUGCUCUUCCUGCUCUGUGCCUGAGCUCAGAGCUCUGCUGGGCCAAAGCAGGAGCAGACCCUUGGCACGGUGCUUGCCAUGUCCCACAGGGCUCUGCCAAGCACUCUGAGUGACCUUUGCUGACCUGGAUCAGUAUCCUGCUGCCCAGCCAGGAUUCUCCCCAAUCCCUGUGUGCAGGACCCUGGGAGGUUGUGAGGGACUGCCAGAAUUUGAGAAGUGUUUUCUCAGAGAAAUUACAAGUUCUUGCAAUAUGAACCUCUAAUGCUUUCAAAGACUCAGGCAGAAAGGACUUGCUAAACAAACUGUACCUGUCAUCUCCCAGUUCAUUGAUUGCUUGGACCAAAGGCGGUGCUAAAUCUGAUCUUUGUCUGUAAUAUUUAUAUUUUGUUGGACUUUUUUUUUUUUUAAGUGUUUGAUAAAACAGAUGCAGUGUCCUUCUUACAUGAGAAAUUUAGUCCCAGCUUGGGAUAUGUAAAAACUCCCUGGACCUUCAAGGCCCAGGAUUGUUGCCUGUUACCAUUUGAGCAGGCUUGCAGUGUUUGGGGGGAGGUGGGAAAAGGGUACUCUAUCUUCAAAUGCUUGCAGACUGUAAGAAUUGACUUGUGAUUUGUUUGUUUGUUUGUUGGUAUUUUGUUUACAAUGCCUCUUAUGCCCUAAGGAAAAAUAAAUUUUUGACCUUUUUAA